AUCUUUGUCACUGACAUUUUUUUGCAAUGCAACUGUUUAAUAAACUUUGGCAAUCCUACAAGCUAUUAUAGUUAAUUAAUAUGGUACAUGUACGUGUAUUAAUUAAGUUUGACUGUGUUAUUAAGUGAAUGCAUUAGCUGUAUUGAUGUAGACCGAGCAAGCAAUUAUUUUCACACUUCAAAUGAUUUAUUAGAUUUUUAGCUGAUGCCUUCUUCACUAUAUAAGUUGUCCUUAAAUUGCAUAUGACUGUAAUUUUAUACAUAAUUAGUGUAGGUUUUUUUUUUUGGCAGAAAUGUUAAGAUAAAGAGAAAAGGUAAGAUGGCGUGGUACAUGACUCACGAGUCUUGUCAAUAUUUUGAUUCGAAACUAAAACUUCCAAAACAUCUCGAGUAGAAGACAACAUCCGUGUAAAUGGUCUAUUAUUUCAACGAUUCCAUUUAUAUUAUAUUGUUUCAAUUCCUAUUUCCUGUUUUGAUAGAAUAAAAUAGAUGCCACAAUCCAAUCGAGUAAUUGAUUCUAUCAAAGUUCCAUAUCUCCACUCCACCACCGCAAAAAUACAUUAUUUUUCGAUCUUUGAUUAUAAGUAUACAAGUCUUUUGUCAUCUAAAAUAUUAUUGAUCAACUUAAAAUAUAAAGGUAAGAUACAGAAAUAGGCAAAUGAAUAUUUUGAUUAUUAUUUUUGGUGAAAUAUCGAUUUAAAAAAAUAACACUUCAUAUAAAUGAAAGUUUGAAUUUGUGAUAUAAUUAAGAAAAUCAACUUUUCGUAAACAACCAAUUUUUUAAUUAAGUAAUUACAAGAAAAUUUGACAAAAACCCGCCUUAUUCACCACACGCUCCUAUUUUUAAUUAUAGAUCUUCAAAUGCAAGUAAUACUUUUAUACGAGUAUGAAUUGUAACAGCUAAAGAACAGAUCCAGCUUAAAGUCCGAAAAAAAAAAGAAUCAUUUUUAAUACAAAACGUAAAAGGACGUAGUAUUAUUCCGUAGACAAACAUUCGCUAAGAAGACAGAUUGAAAGAGGUGUCCCACUCUUCUAGUCAAAUAUUCAUAAUAUUUAACUUAGUUCGUAAUUCUCAUGCACUGUGCCUAAAUUAACGCCUAGUGAUCAUUCAUUAAAAUAUAGUGAUUUAUAUAAAUCUUCACUAGACAGUUAUGAUAUUCUUAAAUUGUGAGUAUAUGUAUAUCAAGACAACUACACAAAAGAUACAUACUAUAUUAACUGCUUUAGUUUGUGUAAACACCGAUCAUUGAAUUAGAUAUUUAUGUGUUAAGGAAAAAUAACAUGUGAACAAGUUGUUUGUAUUAGUCUUAUGUAUCCCCCAUAAUGCGUAUUAAUAUCGGUUAGAAGAAAUAAUUUAACGGUGGAAAGCCAUGCAUGCAAGAUUUUUUUUUUUUUUAUACUAACUUCACCGUCUAAUGUUGGACGUUCGUGAUGAUAAAACUAAUUCACUGACCACUCUUUUGUUGCGGUUCAACUAAUACUAUUGUUUUCCCAUAAUUUACCUAAUAAAGCCAUCGGCCCCAAAAAAAAACUAGGUAAAAAAGAAGAAGAAAUUCACAAAUCUAAAUGUAGGUAGUUAGGUACAUACAAGGACCUUAUUCAUAUAUGCUAAUAUUAAUUAUAAAACAAAUCUGUUACAACGAUUAUAAAAUACAAUAUCGGUAAAACGUAGCUCCAAUUAGUUAAUUAAUGUAUUCGUAGCCCGGCUUUGUUUACUCAUUUACAGCCACGAAUCUAUUACUCUUUUCCAGUAUAAAUACAUAAACCAAAAUCUCAAACUAUAUAACACAACAUAUCCAAAGUAAUAAUCUGAAUUGUUUUCACAAAUAUAUAUGAAUCAUCUAGUUAAAAACUAAGAAGAAACUAAUAUAUAUGGCAAGUGUUACUAAUUUUAACCCCCACGGUGUUUUCUUACCGUUAUUCCUUGUCCUGGCCGCAACAGCAACCGCAACCACAAGACCGUACACAUUCCUCCCAAGGCCACGGGUCGGGUAUUACAGUAGUGCAUGCUGGAAUGUAGAAUCGAUAGUGCGGUCCGUGGUCCAGUCUAACUAUUUCACAAAUCCAGCCAAUGCUCCGGGCAUUUUGCGUAUGCAUUUUCACGAUUGUUUCGUCCGUGGCUGCGACGGUUCCAUUCUCCUCGACGGACCUAACUCUGAGAAAACGGCGAUUCCAAAUCAAUCGUUGAGAGGGUUUAACGUUAUCGAAGAAGCUAAGACUCAGCUUGAGAUCGCUUGUCCUCUAACAGUCUCUUGUGCUGAUAUUCUCGCACUAGCUGCUCGUGACUUCGUCGUUCUGACAGGUGGACCAUGGUGGCCAGUUCCAUUAGGACGACUCGAUGGUAGGGUUUCAUUAGCCUCGAAUGUUGAUUUGCCGGAACCUACAGACUCAGUUGCGGUGCAGAAGCAGAGGUUCGCUGCGAAAUAUCUUAACACCCAAGAUCUAGUUGUCCUUGCUGCCGGACACACGAUAGGAACGGUGGGGUGUGGUGUGUUUAGGGAUAGGUUCUUCAACUACAAAAACACAGGAAGUCCUGACCCAACCAUCAACCCGAAUUUCGUCCCUCAGAUCCAAUCUCAAUGUCCUCUCAACGGCAACGCCGCUACUCGUGUCGCGCUGGACCUGGGAAGUGAAGGCCAGUUCGACACUUCGUACCUUAACAACUUGAGGUUUGGUCGAGGUGUCCUUGAGUCUGACCAGGUCCUAUGGAAUGAUCCCGAGACUCGUCCCAUCGUGGAGCGGUUGCUGGGACUACGGUUUCCGUUUUUGCUGUUUGGACCCGAGUUUGCCAGGUCGAUGUCUAAGAUGAGUCUGACUGAGGUCAAGACCGGUUUGGAUGGGGAGAUUCGUAGGGUUUGUUCUGCGAUCAAUUGAUAAAACAUAAAGGAAACUAUUAUGAUGUCAUAAAAGUAAUAAAUAAAACAUGGAGAUAUAAAGUUCAAUAGACUCUCCAGCUUUCCAAGGAUAACAAACAAAUAAUGAUUAAGCAUUUUCUAGCAUGAUUAUAGUGUUUAAUUACGUCGAUGCAUGAAUAUGAGGAAAUAAGUGUUACAGAAUCAUGUUACAAAAAAGUGUUAUAGAAUAAAACUAAGGAAAUAGUUUUGUAACAUCCGUGAUAUAUGAAAACGCUUAGGAGAAUUGAUUUGGCUACCUAUGUUACCAAAAUCGACUUAUAUUUUUUGUCAGACAUCCGUUUAUAAUUCUAGAGUUAAGCGUGUUUGGACUGGAGUAGUGAAAUGGUGGAUGACCUAUCAGGAAGUGAUUCGCGAUACCGUGCGAGUGAGGCAAAAGCACGGAAAACAAUCGGUGAUUGCAAGGUCAGUAAACAAGAAUUUUGGACUUUGGAAAAUUAAUGCACCACCCACCCGUCAGAUGAAAUAGGGCCCACAGGCCGAGUGAAUGGGGUGGGUAGCCAUUAGCCGUGGACGGUCGGGCCGUUACAAGUUUCCUUUGAUUAGUCAUGUACAGUAAAACAUCUAUAAAUUAAUACUCGAUAAUUUAAUAAUCUCUAUAAAUUAAUAAAUUUUGACAAUUCCAACUUG